AUUAUCACAUGUUCGGUUCUGCUCGUGGCAUGGGAACUUUGAAUGUAUAUUACUCCAGUAGUUCAGGCCAUGUGCAAAAUAUCUUUACAAAAAGUGGAAAUCAAGGAGACCAGUGGUUGUUAGCAGCCGUAGAAAUCCCACCGACAAGUGGACUAGUGAUUUACAUAGAAGGAAUACGAGGGAAGAGUUAUAAGAGUGAUAUCGCAAUAGAUGCUGUGACGGUCACAGAAGGGAACUGUGGUUGCACUGCCAACCCAUGCCUGAAUGGCGGGACGUGUACCAGUAGCGGCAGUGGAAGCGGGUAUUCAUGUCUCUGUGCCACUGGGUACGGUGGAACCAACUGUGACAAUAUAGUUGGAACUACAUCCUGUACUUUUACUGGAGGUAGCUGCUCUUUCCUGGUACAAUCCAACCAUGACUCUGCAGACUGGUCGUUUGGAACGAGCACGCCAAGCCGCUUCACAGGUCCCCAGUUACCUAUUGAUGGGACGUUUGCUUACACUGAAGCCUCUGGUCAACGCUGGGGAGCCACCUACAUACUGACCACAACAGGGACAGUGUUUGCCCAGCAGACAUGGUGCCUUUCCUUCGCGUACAAUAUGUAUGGCAGACAUAUUGGAACAUUACAAGUGAAUGCUGGAUCGUCUGGAUCACUGUCCACCUUAUGGUAUACAUCUGGAAAUAAGGGAAUCAACUGGCUUACUCAAAGGGUUACCAUUCCUUCAACGGCUAACCUUGUGGUUGACAUCAAAGGCAUCCGAGGAUGGAGUUAUCAGGGUGACAUCGCUAUAGACAAUGUAACCAUGACUCCCGGAGUCUGCUGAGAU